AUGCAGGGAACUGGUGAAGAAGCUGCAGUGACGGACCUCUCCAAGACCAUCGCAACAAGAAUUGGCCUGAAAGAUGGUCGAAGACUUGUUCUCUUUGCCGGUGGUGAAAUCCUCAAGGACUCCAAGCGGUCCAAGCACAAAGAAGCGCCCCGUUGCCGAGAAAUCUCAUAUGUUGUCAGACAGGUUUGUGCACUGGAGGCAGCGCUUGGGUUCCGGAGGGCCCUCGCAGGGGGGACCAGAGAUCAUACCUAUGUGACAGUGACAAAUGCGAUCGCCUGUUUGACCUUCAACUACCAAUUCAACCAGAGCUUGCAAGGCGUCAUCUUGCCAAGCAGCCUGCAGACUUUGACCUUUGGCCACAAAUUCGACGAGACCUUGGAAAAUGUCAGUUUGCCAACCAGCCUUCUGACAUUGACCUUCGGCGUCAGCUUCAACCAAAGCUUGGAGAAUGUAACCUUGCCAAGCAGCCUGAAGACUUUGACCUUCGGCUACAGAUUCAACCAGAGCUUGGAGAAUGUCAAUUUGCCAAGCGGCCUGCAGACAUUGACCUUUGGUUUCAGUUUUAAUCAGAGCUUGGAGAAAGUGAGCUUUCCAAGCAGUCUACAAACUUUGACUUGCAGCGACAGUUUAUUCAAUCACGGCUUGGAAAAUGUCACCUUGCCAAGCAGCCUGCAGACUUUGACCUUCGGCAGGGGGUUCAACCAAAGCUUGGAAGGGGUCACCUUGCCAACCAGCCUGCAGACCUUGAAUUUUGGCGAUCACUUUGACCAGAGCUUUGAAGAUGUCACCUUGCCAAGUAGCCUGCAGUGUUUGACCUUCGGCAUGGAGUUUAACCAGAGCUUGGAAGGGGUCACCUUGCCAAGUAGCCUACAAACUUUGACCUUCGGUGAUAGAUUCAACCAGAGCAUGCAUGGUGCCACCUUGCCAGCCAGCCUGCAGACUUUGACCUUCGGCAUGGAGUUUAACCAGAGCCUGAAAGGUGUCACCUUCCCAAGCAGCCUGCAGACUUUGAUUUUUGGUGCUGCGUUUAGGCCCAGGUUUUUGAACAGCAUCGCACGGCCAAGCAGUUGUCGGGAGAUUCGCUCUUGUGAGUUCACUGUUUCCGUUCAUUUCUCGGAGGAAUGA